CUAGCCAUAAUUUAAUAAUUUUUAUCCUAUGGUCACACUACAUAAUUCUUAGAGUAUAAAUUAAUUUGUUUACACCGCCUUUUUUUCAUCAUCUUUGUUUGCUUCUAGAAACCUUAGCCUCUUCUCCCCUGUUCUUAUCAUCUUUUCUCUAGAAUCUUUUUUUUGUCUAUAAAUACAAAUUCCCACAAAAAAAAAAAAAAAAAAUCAUAGUAUUAUUCUGAUCUUCAUUCUAAAACAUUGUCUUACUAAAAAAUAGCCACUUUUUCUGAGUGAAUAAUAGCAACUUCUAUUACAGUUUAUUUAAACUUCAAUUUCUUUGAGUUUUGAAAAAUAUGGAUUCGAUUAUUCCGGGUUUGAUUGAUGAUUUGGGUAGAGAGUGUUUGAUUCGGGUACCCUUUUAUGAACUUCCAACAGCAACUUCAGUUUGUAGAAACUGGAAGUAUGAAAUUAGUGUGCCGGAGUUUAUCCGGCAUCGAAAGGCGGCCGGAGUAGUCCGGUCGAUUAUUGUGUUAGCUCAAGCUCAGUAUGAAGGUCCGAUUCAAAAUUCUGAAUCGGCCCCUGCUGUGAAGGAGCAUCCAUCUAGGCCAACAUACCGCCUUACGGUAUCAGAACCGGAAGCCGGGAUGUGGGCCCAAUUACCCCCAAUUCCUGGGCAUCCCGAGGGAUUGCCCAUGUUUUGUGGGUUAAUUGGGUCCGGUUCGGAUCUUGUUAUCGUUGGAGGGUGGGACCCUGUGACGUGGAAGGCCUCGAAUGCUGUGUUUAUGUAUAGUUUUUUAUAUGGUGGGUGGCGGAAGGGUGCGGAUAUACCAGGUGUACGGCGGUCCUUUUUUGGAUGCGCCGCGUCAGACGAUGGUCGGACGGUUUUGGUUGCUGGGGGACAUGACGAGGACAAAAACGCCUUGAGUUCCGCGAUGUUGUAUUACGUGGAAGAAGAUAAGUGGGUCUCUUUGCCUGACAUGUGCCGACCACGUGAUGAGUGUAAAGUUGUUUUCCUCCGUGGCAGGUUCCAUGUCAUCAGUGGUUACCCAACGGAUAUGCAAGGGUGUUUUGAGAGGUCGGCCGAGGUGUUCGAUUGGUCCACUUGGCAGUGGGGCCCGGUGAUCGAGGAGUUUCUAGAAGAAGGUUCGAGCCCCGGGUUGUGCGUGGCUGGUCCUGACGGGCGCUUGUACUCGUGCAUAGGAAGGCGAAGUAGUGAUGUGGCGGUCUACCAGGGUGACAAGUGGCAGGUAGUCACGGAGGUUCCUGCUGACGUGCGAAGCUCCCAAUGGUUGGGUUCUUGUGGGGAUAAGUUGGUAGUGAUUGGGUCUUCUAAAUUCGGUGAACCACAUAGUGGUUAUAUGUUGGAUUUGAAGAACUAUAAAUGGACUAAGCUUGAUAUGCCUACAAAGUUUUCAGGGCAUGUUCAAUGUGGUUUUAUUUUAGAACUUUAAGGUUGUAGUAUUUGCUACUUGUAUCUGUUACAAGUUUAAGUAGGGUUAGUGUAUGUAUAUAACUAAAUAUGUAGCUAAAUCUCCGGAGAAGCUUGUGUAUACUUCAAGUGAUAAUAUAUUAUACCGAUUUACAUCAUAUAAUUAUGAAAUUUUGGGUAUGAUUUACAUCA